GGAAGUCUUGUAUUUACCCUGUGUGCAUGUUUUUAUGUACAGUCCUGUACAGACUACAAGUGUAGUCUAAAUUAUGGAAGCGAAUAAUGAUGGAGGCAUGUCCCAGGUCAAGCAUGUUGUGUUGGUGCUGUCUGGAAAAGGAGGCGUGGGAAAGAGCACCAUCACCACAGAGCUGGCUUUGGCUCUCAAACAUGCAGGAAAGAAGGUUGGCAUCCUGGACAUUGACCUUUGUGGACCCAGUAUCCCCCGUAUGCUGAGCAUAGGCCGGCCAGAUGUGCACCAGUGUGACUCCGGUUGGGUACCAGUCUACACUGAUGCCAAGAAGAGCCUCUCCCUCAUGUCCAUAGGCUUCCUACUGGAGGACCCGGAUGAGGCGGUGGUGUGGAGGGGCCCAAAGAAAACAGCUUUGAUUGGCCAGUUUGUGUCAGAUGUAGCAUGGGGGGAGCUGGAUGUGCUGCUGAUAGAUACGCCACCAGGAACAUCUGACGAGCAUUUGGCUGUACUGGAUAACCUCAAAAAGCAUCGAGUGGAUGGCGCAAUUUUGGUCACCACACCUCAGGCAGUUUCAACAGGGGAUGUGAGAAGGGAGAUUACUUUCUGUAAGAAGACAGGAGUUCGGAUUCUGGGAAUUGUGGAAAACAUGAGUGGCUUUGUUUGUCCACAUUGUUCUGAAUGCAGUAACAUAUUCUCAAAGGGCGGCGGUGAAGAGUUGGCUAAUCUCACCGGAUCAGUGUUUCUAGGUGCUGUGCCCCUGGAUCCUCUUCUCAGCGCCAGCAUAGAGGAAGGCAAAGACUUCACACAGUCAUUUCCUGACAGCGCCACAUUCAGUGCCAUCAGCAGUAUUUCUCAGACUCUGCUCAAGAGUCUCCAGACAGAUUGAAGAGUCCGUUUUCCAGUCACCGUAGUAAUAAUUUUGCAGAGUUUAAGAUGUCCCGUUUGUUCUGUAUAAUUAAACAUGUACUGAUAUAACUUGUGCUCCUUCAAAUCCGUUUCUAACCACAGGGCGAUAAAGGUAUUGUGUGCGCAGCUAUUUUGCAUGUGCAGUUCAUGAGGUGAGCUCUUACCACAAAUUAGAACAAACCCAAUUAAGACAGGAAGUGAUCUCUUAUGAGGCUUAGAGUGCAGUAAUUUAUGCAGUGAUGAAAAGCCCCACAUUCUGUUUGGAAGUCAAGUCAAAACUAAGUUACAAUUUUCUUUAAUUGUGAAAACAUUCACGUUGACACAUUUUCGAUACCAGUAAUUUUACAGGAUUGUAAAUUGGCUGCUCCUCAGUAAAAUGCAUCAGCAGCAGGUCCAUUUCCAGAAAACAAACUCCAGAUCAAGUUGGUCCACUCCUUGUGUUAAAAACUAUUGUCUUGGAAGCUAAUUGCAGCCAAUUAUAGACUAACUUUUAGUGAUUUUGUUAAGGCAUUUAAAACCUUACCAGGUACAUGUUGCUUUUGAUCUGGAUUCAAUCUUCUGAAAGCGGCCUGCUUGCAGGUCACCAGUCCAAACAGUAAACACUGAACCACAUGCAGGACAUUAAUGGCUGGAAUGAAGAGAUGAGGUACAGCUACAGAUGAAACGGGGGGUGUGAAAAAGAUGGCGAGGCGAUGCAAUGUGGAAAUUACACUUGUGAGACCCGACACGGGGCACACACACUUUUAAUGCAAACAGCAGUACUACAGGAAAAAACACUGGUUUGAUGUUUGCGUAAUGAUUAGAAUACAGCUACACACAACUCCCACUCCACCAGCAACAUACUAAAGGCAAUCGUAAUUAUUUAACCAAGUAUUACAUCCAGAUAAAUUCCACUUAUCACAAUUAACCCACAGUGUAUUAAAUCUAUCUAUAUAGAUAUGUAUGUAGAUAUUUAUAUAUGUAUAUAUCCUGGACAAUUAGACUUUUGCUUUAUUUAACAGUUCAAUGAACAAUUUCUUAUAAAUAAAAUCAGUGGAAAAAAAAAAAAAUAUUGAGUCCAUACACAUUUCUCUUUACAAAUAGAUCAUCAAGAUUAAUUCAGAAAUCGUCAACUCCAAAGUUGAAACAGGAGGACAGGAAGAAAAAAAAAAAAAAAGAAAAAAAAAAAAAAGUCGUGCGACCCUUUGGUCAUUAAGAC